CGAUCCAAAGAUGCGGCGGGGCUGGAAGAUGGCUCUGUCCGGGGGGCUGCGGUGCUGCCGCCGAGUACUUUCCUGGGUGCCAGUGCUCGUUAUCGUCCUCGUUGUGCUUUGGUCCUACUAUGCCUACGUCUUUGAACUCUGCCUGGUGACUGUUUUGAGCCCAACAGAAAAAGUUAUCUACCUCAUAUUUUACCAUGCCAUCUUUGUGUUCUUUACCUGGACCUACUGGAAGUCUAUAUUUACACUCCCACAACAGCCAAAUCAAAAGUUCCACUUGUCCUAUUCAGACAAGGAACGCUAUGAAAAUGAAGAGAGACCUGAGGUCCAGAAGCAGAUGCUCAUCGAUAUGGCCAAAAAGCUACCAGUUUACACAAGAACUGGGAGUGGAGCUGUUAGAUUCUGUGACCGGUGCCAUUUGAUCAAGCCUGAUCGCUGCCACCACUGCUCUGUCUGUGCCAUGUGUGUAUUAAAAAUGGACCAUCACUGCCCGUGGGUUAAUAAUUGCAUUGGAUUUUCCAACUACAAAUUCUUUCUUCAGUUCUUAGCUUAUUCUGUUCUCUACUGCCUGUACAUUGCUACAACAGUCUUCAACUAUUUCAUCAAAUACUGGAGAGGGGAAUUGCCCAGUGUUCGCUCAAAGUUCCAUGUUCUUUUCCUCCUCUUUGUGGCCUGCAUGUUUUUUGUCAGCCUUGUGAUUCUCUUUGGUUACCAUUGUUGGCUCGUCAGCAGAAACAAAACCACCUUAGAGGCCUUCUGUACUCCAGUGUUUACAAGUGGCCCAGAGAAAAAUGGGUUCAACCUUGGCUUCAUCAAAAAUAUGCAGCAGGUGUUUGGAGAUAACAAGAAGUUCUGGUUAAUACCUAUUGGGUCCAGCCCUGGUGAUGGACACUCCUUCCCUAUGAGGUCUAUGAAUGAAUCACAAAACCCACUGCUAGCAAAUGAAGAGCCCUGGGAAGACAAUGAGGAUGAAAACCGAGAUUAUCCAGAAGCUUCAUCAUCUCUCACCGUGGAAACAGAAACAUAGCAGUUUACACAUUUCCUGCAUCUCUCAG